AGUAUAUCAAAUAAUUAUUUUGCCGACAGUGGCUACGUAGUUCCAAAUCGUAUUGAAAUGAUUGAGACGCUGGCGGUAUUAGAAUUAUAGGUUAUGUGCUGAUAAAUAGAACAAUUUAUCAGUGUCUGUCAGUUGUUCUGAGAAAAGUAUGUAGGAAAACAGAAAAUUAUUUUAUAAUCGAUUCUUCCAGAGACGAACGAUAUAACAUGUAUUAAUUAGAAAUUUUCUUGAAUGUUAAGAAUAUUAUGUAGCUAGAAAGAUGAGCGGUGAAAGUCAGAUUACGAGUAUCGUAAAUGACAUUCUGAAAGUAGAAGCGAUAGAGGAAGCCUUCAGUUGUGUUCUUGUUCAUAAUCCUAAAAAAGAAAGUGAAAAAGUAACGGCAUGGUAUCACGAGCUAAGAACAGCUGUGACUGGAUUGACGAAAGAGCAACAAGAAGCUGCAGUUCGACAAUUUCUAUCAAUGGCAGCAGCUAUGACAAAUCACAGACGGUUACAAUUGCUGCUGUCAUUACUGGAGAAAUUGGUUCAUUCAAAUUAUUUACCUGCUAGAUUAGUAUGCGAAUGUAUUCUGAGCUGCGACAAAUUGCAGUAUCAGUUGGAAGAUUUUUGGAUCGAGUGCUUUGUUCUCAUUCGACAUAUCAUUGGUGGAGUUGACUAUAAAGGAGUUAGAGAUAUUAUGAAAGGAUGCAAAGAAAAGGCUCAAACCAUACCAGCUCGAUUAGAUGCAUCAGUACAACCACAACUAAAAGCUUUGGAAAAUGUUAUCGAAUAUAUUUUCGAUAGAAAUGCAUGCUUAUUGCCAGGUUAUUUCAUUGUCAACCAAAUACAAAAGACUUAUCCCGACAGCAAGAAUUGGCCUCAUUGGAAAUUGGCAAAGCUGCUUUCAAAUUUUGUUGAAAGUUUUCGAAAUACCGCGCAAAUGGUAUCUAUAGUAGGACAUUCAAAGAUGCUACCAGUAGUUGAACAUACAGGAUAUGCAGAUCAUUUGAUUAAUCCUUGGUUACUGGAUCCUAAUACAUUGAAAUUUUCAUUAAAAGGAAAUCUACCCUAUGAUCCGGAUUUACUUAAGCCUCAGACAGAAUUGCUCAGAUAUGUACUGGAGCAGCCAUAUAGCAGAGACAUGGUCUGUUCAAUGCUUGGCUUGCAGAAACAGCACAAACAACGAUGCAUUGUCUUGGAAGAACAGUUGGUGGAAUUGGUUAUUCUCGCGAUGGAGCGAUCUGAGAAUGAAUCUUUGCCAGCGGAAGGCAUGGAUGGAACAGUGGCCAAUCAUUGGGUGUGGUUGCAUCUGUCUUCGCAACUUAUUUAUUUUAUUCUCUUUCAAUUCGCCUGUUUCCCGAGUAUCGUUAUGGCGAUACAUGAUAAAUUAGCCGGCAGAGAAUUGAGGAAGGGUAGAGAUCAUCUGAUGUGGGUUCUUUUACAAUUUAUCUCUGGCAGCAUUCAGCGGAAUCCGCUGUCGAAUUUCUUACCCGUAUUGAAAUUGUAUGAUCUCCUCUAUCCAGAGAAAGAACCUCUGCCUGUUCCGGAUUAUACUCAAGCACUAUGCACACAUCAGAUGGCGAUAACGUGCAUAUGGAUACAUCUACUUAAGAAAGCUCAGAACGAGCCCGGCACUAACAUUCACCGACCGAUACCGCAUACGCUAAAAGUGCAUCAUGAGUUUUUACAACAUCUAGUCAUGCCGAAUGCUUCUUUAUGUAUGGGUUCGGAUUAUCGCAUUGCGCUCUUAUGCAAUGCGUACUCGACGAACCAGGAGUACUUCAGCAGACCGAUGGCAGCGCUGGUGGAUACCAUCCUAGGUACGCAAAAGAAUCAGCAACAGCAACCUCUGCAGACUCUGCAGAACAAUGCGGCGCUAGCUAACGGCCCAACAACGCCGCUUUCAAUGUCCAUUCUAGAUUCUUUAACCGUACACUCUAAGAUGAGUCUUAUUCACAGCAUUGUCACGCACGUAAUCAAAUUGGCGCAGUCCAAGAGCAACAUGGCAUUGGCACCAGCACUAGUUGAAACUUAUAGCAGAUUACUUGUAUACACGGAGAUUGAGAGUCUCGGUAUCAAAGGAUUUAUCAGUCAAUUGUUGCCGACGGUAUUUAAGUCACAUGCCUGGGGAACGCUUUACACAUUGCUGGAGAUGUUCAGCUACAGAAUGCAUCAUAUCCAACCGCAUUACAGAGUGCAGCUACUGUCGCAUCUGCACAGUCUCGCGGCGGUGCCGCAAACCAAUCAAACCCAGCUUCAUUUGUGCGUCGAGAGCACUGCCCUGCGACUUAUCACUGGACUGGGCUCGGCAGAGGUACAGCCGCAAUUGUCUAGAUUUCUGUCGGAACCGAAAACUCUCGUGUCUGCGGAAUCGGAGGAACUUAACAGAGCGUUAGUGCUAACGUUGGCACGGUCCAUGCAUGUAACCGGCACCGGUGCCGAAAGUCUCAGCGGCACGUGGUGCAAGGAAUUAUUGAACACCAUCAUGCAAAACACACCGCAUUCCUGGGCCAAUCACACUCUCCAGUGCUUCCCGCCGGUGUUGAGCGAAUUCUUCCAGCAGAACAGCGUGGCGAAGGAAAACAAGCAGCAGAUCAAGAAAGCGGUUGAGGAAGAAUACAGGAAUUGGGCAUCUAUGAACAACGAGAAUGACAUCAUCGCGCAUUUCUCUGUACCCGGCACGCCGCCGUUGUUCCUGUGCCUUCUAUGGAAGAUGAUACUGGAGACCGAUCGCAUCAGCCCUAUCGCGUACAAAAUUCUCGAAAGAAUCGGUGCCCGAGCGCUGUCGGCACAUCUUAGGAAAUUUUGCGAUUAUCUAGUAUUUGAAUUCGCCAAUAGCGUUGGCGGUCAGCACGUUAAUAAAUGCGUGGACACCAUUAAUGAUAUGAUCUGGAAGUAUAAUAUAGUGACUAUCGACAGAUUGGUGCUUUGUCUGGCAUUGAGGACCCAAGAAGGCAACGAGGCUCAAGUAUGCUUUUUCAUCAUACAGUUGUUGCUACUUAAAGCAGCAGAGUUCAGAAAUCGUGUACAAGAAUUUGUCAAAGAGAACUCGCCGGAACAUUGGAAGCAAUCAAACUGGCACGAGAAACAUCUUGCGUUCCACAGGAAGUUCCCGGAGAAGUUUGCACCGGAGGGUAUCAUGGAGCAGACUAGCGGCGGGCCCAGUCAGUAUCAAAGCUUGCCCGUGUAUUUCGGGAACGUGUGCCUUCGCUUCUUACCGGUCUUCGACAUCGUAGUGCACCGCUAUCUGGAGAUACCGCCUGUUAUCAAGAGUUUAGAAAUACUAUUAGAACAUUUGGGUUGUUUGUACAAAUUUCAUGAUCGACCCGUCACGUAUCUUUACAAUACUCUACAUUACUAUGAAAAGAAAUUGCGAGAUCGGCCGUUGUUGAAACGUCGAUUGGUAUCCGCCGUCUUGGGAUCAUUACGAGAAAUCAGAGCGCCAGGAUGGGCACUUUCCGAGGCUUAUCAAAUAUAUAUGACACGUUUCAAUGACGAUGCAAUUUCGUGGGUACCGGAAUUGGAGUAUUAUAUACGCCUUGUGCAAAGAAUUGUAGAAACAAUGUCUGGUACGGCUCACUUUCCUGCUACCGAUUGGAGAUUCAACGAAUUCCCAAAUCCAGCGGCGCACGCAUUAUAUGUGACCUGCGUUGAGCUUAUGGCUCUUCCAGUCGCUCCAGAUGUAGUAGCUAAUUUUUUAUUGGACGUUGUCGCUAAAGGGUACACUGUUGUGCCAUCAGAUGACAUACAUUUGUGGAUAAAUUGCGUUGGUUUACUACUGGCAGCAUUACCAGAAUGUUAUUGGUCAGCGUUGCAUAAACGUUUACUAGAAACUAUCAGCAGCCCUGGCCUAAUCAAUUGGCAAUAUAAUAACCUGACACCAUUCCAAAUGUUUAAUUUUAAUAUUACACAUAAUAGCCUGUUAGAAAACAAAUAUAGUUACAUGCUUGCAUUGGCACAUUCAGUGUGGCACCAUGCGGGUGUAGGGCAGAUUACAACAAUGCCUCAAUUUAUCAAAGAAAAACUUCAGCCGGUGAUAACCAGCGAAGAACAACUAAUAUAUGCUUGCCAUUUGAUCGGUCCCACAUUGGCGAGAUUUAAUGCAGAGCGGCCGCAUUGCGUAGUUGAACUUGCAGUCUGUCUGUAUGAGAUGCUGGAACGAGUUGAUCACGCUCAAACAACUUUGAAUUAUAUGGAUCCAAUUUGCGAUUUAUUAUAUCACAUCAAGUACAUGUUCGUCGGCGACAUGAUGAAAAAUGAGGUAGAAUGCAUCAUACGAAGGUUAAGACCCGCGUUGCAAAUGAGGCUGCGUUUCAUCGCUCACAUAAACAUUGAAGAAAUCCAUACGUCUUAAAAAAAAAGAUUACUCUUACCAUCGUAAGGACUAAAAUCUAUAAUUAAUUUUCUCAGAAUGAAUGGAUGUCAAUCGUUUUAGAGAUAUAAGAAUUAAUUUAAAUAAACAAAUUUUAAUAAGUAAGAAGUAUAUUUACACGAUUUUUUACUCUGUAAAAAAUUAUAUCUCUUAUAUUUUGAUACGCGAUGCGUAUCCGGAUGUAAAUAAAGUUUUAAUAUUUGACAAUC